AUGGCAUUGCGCCGGCGCGCAACAACUGGCAUCGCUCGCACUGCUGAUCCUUCAGAGCGCUAUCAUAGAGCCGUUGACCUCCCGGACGGCCGACGACUAGCCUGGGCCGAAGCCGGCUCGCCCACCGGUUUUCCAUGCUUCAUGUUCCACGGCUUCCCGGGCUCGCGUCUGGAAGCUCGCGGCCUCGAGGACAUAGGGCGGCGGCACAGCGUUCGCUUUGUCUGCCCCGAGCGCCCCGGCUACGGCCUGUCCACGUUCUACCCCGGCCGCCGCAUCACAGACUGGCCCGCCGACGUGCAGUUCAUUGCUCAGCACCUUGAGCUGAAGCGCUAUGCCGUACUCGGCGGCUCGGGUGGUGGCCCCUACGCAUUGGCGUGCGCGAACUCGAUACCCCCAGACGUGCUCUCCGCCGUUGGCCUCAUGUGCAGUGCCGCGCCUUGGGAAGCGGGUACGCAGGGCGUUCCGUGGUCGGCUCGCAUCGGGUCCUGGGCCGCGACGUACUGUCCUUCCUUCAGCACGCGUGUACUGGACCUUCUGCUUGGUCUGGCCAAAUGGUUCGUGGCGACAGACAGCGGCAAGAAGCUGAUCGACGGCAUUGCCGUCAAAGCAGCAGCCGCGGCUGGAAAAGAGAUCUCCGAAUCGGAGAAGAGCCCGGAAGCAGCCACGGCACGAAGGGAACGGUUACUGGGUGUCUUUCUCGAACCCUUCGCGCAGGGAUCGCGGGGCUUUGUCCAAGAAGCGUAUUUGCUUACGCAUCCAUACGGGUUUCGUCUUCAGGGUGUCCAUUUUGAGAAGAGAGUCCAGAUAUGGCACGGAACCAAGGAUAAAAACUCGCCGAUCCGAAUGGUGCGGUAUAUGAAGAAGCAGUUGCCGCACUGUGACUUACACGAACUUGAAGGCGUAGACCAUUUCGCCAUCAUCAAGCAUCUGGAGGAUAUAGUUGUCAAGCUGCUUGCACAAAGAUAG